GGAUCCGGAUAAUUCCCCGUCGUCCCGUAGCAGCCCGCAGCCUCGCACAAGCCGCAACCGCGUCCACCGGGAUCGGGAUGGAGAGCUGGGUCCGCGCGGUGGUGGAGGCCAUCCACUCCUCCCGCUCUCAGGCCGUCAUCUACCUCGCCGGCGGCGCAUCUCAGGCGCUCGGCUGGCUCCUGUCCGUGCCCGGCGCGUCGAGCACCGUCCUCGAGGUCGUCGUGCCCUACUCCAGGGCCUCCAUGGCGCAGCUCCUUGGCAAGAUGCCCUUGCAAUUCACCAGCAAGCAGGCUGCAGAGGACAUGGCUCUGGCUGCAUACAACCGAGCACUCAAGCUUUCUGGACCAGGUCUGCAAGUUAUGGGUGUUGGAUUUACUGGGUCACUGGCAAGCUCACGUCCAAAACUCGGUGACCAUAGGUUUUAUGUGUCAACGUGGACACACAAUUGCCUCAGGACAUCACAUGUUAACUUGUCGAAGGGUUUACGGAGCAGAGAGGAAGAAGACAAGGUUUCAAGCUAUUUUUUGCUUAAGGCGAUAGCAGAUACCUGCAGAGUAUCUGCAACCAUUGAGCAAGACAUUCAAGAACCUGAAAUUCCAGAAGAAAGCGUGGAACCAUUUGAUGGAGAUCAAGAGCUCCAGCAAGUUAUAAAUGGGCAAAUUUGCAUGAAAGUCUAUCAUUUUGCUGCUCCACUGGAAAAGAACUUCAGCAGGAAAGUAAUUUUACCUGGUUCAUUCAACCCUUUGCAUGAUGGCCACCUUAGGCUGUUGGAAGUUGCAUCAAGCAUGUGUGAUGAUGGGAUUCCAUUCUUUGAGAUAUCAGCAAUUAAUGCCGAUAAACCUCCACUAUCUAUUUCAGAAAUUAAGAGGCGUGUUGAGCAAUUUAGAAAAGCAGGGAAGAAUGUGAUAAUAUCUAACCAACCGUACUUCUAUAAGAAAGCGGAACUUUUCCCAGGAAGCGCUUUUAUAAUUGGUGCAGACACUGCAGCUAGGCUUGUUAAUCCUAAGUAUUAUGGAGGAGAUUACAAUAGAAUGCUGGAGAUACUUCUCGAAUGUAAAAGCACAGGUACCACUUUUCUUGUUGGUGGUCGAAAGAUUGAAGGAGUUUUCAAGGUCCUUGAGGAUUUAGACAUUCCAAAAGAGCUGAGAGACAUGUUCAUCUCCAUACCAGAGGAAAAGUUUCGCAUGGAUAUUUCAUCUACUGAAAUAAGGAAGAGGCUCUGAUUUACCAAAUAUGGUCAUACUACUAUUCUACAGCAGGUUCGAGAUGAUUCUCCACAACUAUAGAAGGUACAUAUGAAUGUUUGCAAAUAAUUCAUGCGAAUUUUAGUUCGUCGAGGACUCCCCGUGUAUGUUAGUAGAACAUGUAGCAAUAACAUUUUACAUAUGUGAAGACUAUGAUUGAUGAAUGUCAUGUCAACCAUCCAUUUUUUCCCUUAGACGAUCAAGCAAUCUUAGCUAUUAAAGCUUUUUUAUGUGUUGUACUUAUACAAACCCAUGGUGUCACAUUUGAAAGAGAAAACACCAUUCAAUUCUAUGUAACGAUAUGCUUUGUUGAGAUCACAGCAUUGGAGUUUAUUUCAUAUUGAUUGCUGAAGUCAUGAAAAUAUGAUUUUAUCCAUGCAGUAUAUAUACAUUUGGAUGCUAGUAGCAGCCAGGUCUGAAUUCUUCAAGCUCAAUUAGUGUUUCUUCACAUUGUGGGAUUUUGUUCACGAAUCCUUUUGCAAAUUAUGAUGUCUAUCUUCAGGGAGUAUAUUUUAGUUAACUUUUGUCUUGACAGGACCUCUUGGUAUUUUGUUGAGCAAAUUUGAAUCAAUCCUCUUGUAGAACCUUUUGAUGUCUUCACUACCUCUUGCAGCUAGACGGUCCACCUCUGUCUCAUAUCUUUGGUACAAUGCCGGCAAAGUGUGGGCACAUAGAAAUACUGUGGAAGUAAGAAACAUAGACUUGUUAAAUGUAUAGUGACAGUUGGGUUUAUAUGUUAUCUUGUGUGCUUAUCUUGUUAACAGUGACUAUUUUCUGUGCUACUCACCAAGAUAUAGCAGACUUGUGAAGCUGUAAGAACUUCCAAUCUCUGACAAUAUUAGUAGGGACAUGAUGACCUAAAUGUUAGAAACAUAAUAUUGUUAGACCAAGAUUAAAUUAUUGUAUAUUGCACAAAAACUAUUUUUGUUAAACAGAAUUGGCAAAAUAAUGGCAUUGCAGUUGGGUAAUGUGCGAUGUCUAAGUUUUGCUAUAUUCCAAUCGUCACACGCAGGUUGGAACUUUGCAGUAUCCUUCUCUAUAUCUUGUCACUGGAACAAUUGUCACAUGAUUUUUCUUAUAAAGAUAGCUAAGCGACUGAUUGUUCUGUACCAAGAGGAAUUUCUUCAGAUCCUUUCCGCAUGCAAUGUCAUAAAGAGCAGCCACAGUGUGUGCCAAUUUGUAAUGGAUGGUUUCUGCUAUUUGUCGGAAGGAAUGCUCGGAGAUUAUGACUUCGGGGAUUCUCGGAGGGGAUCUGCAAUGCAAAAUUGAAAAAGGAACCCAUACAUGUUCAAGAGUGGUGCAGCGUUUGACCAAAUGAAGAUGACCAACAUGGUAAGGAUGGCUAUCUGGCAAAGGAGCGGGAUUAUGUUGUAUUCGACCACUUCAAACAGGUACCAUAUCAGCGUAGCCCCAAGGAGGACUCCUGCAGAUAAGUUCCUGUCCUUCCACAGCAGAACGUCCGCCACUGCAAGAAGCAAGCAACGCAAUCCAUGACCACAUCGACUCCGGGUAGAAACUCUGGUAAUUCAAAUGAUGCAAGUUAAUUGCCCAGAAAGAAAAGAAGAGCAGCAUACCUUUCCCUCCACCAAGAAGCUUAUGAAUCCACUUGUGCCUAUGAAACGGACCGCCCACUUGCCCAUCGCCGUGAUCGUUAGGAAAAUGAGGAUGCAUGGCUCGGCCUCUAUGAGUUUGGGACAAUUAAUCUCUCGUCUUGGUUUGUCUGAUCGGUCCAUUGCUGAAUGGGCGUGUUUAUAAGCCCUCAAAAUGCUAGUAUAAUUAUCUCAUGUGGCCUUAGAUUGAAGAAAAGGAUAGCUUGAUCCGUAGGGAUUGAACCAUCCAGAGGAAUAAACGAAUAAGCGGCAAGUUUGCUUCAA